UACGUACGCCUGCCACGUCCACAUUGCUUUCAGCAACUGUAACUUUUCUCACGGGCUGUUACUUUCUUCUCUCUCGGUUUAGGUAUCGUGCGUUACUAACCGUCGAUCCUUUGUAUUCUGUAGAAUACGAAAAAUGAGCACUUUACACUAUCUAGUCUUUCUGCUCUGUGUAUUUUUGGUUGAUGUGGAGGGGAUAGGCUUCACGUUGCCUCCUAACACGAAGAAGUGUCUGAGGGAAGAAAUCCACAAGGACAUUCUUGUAACAGGAGACUACGAGCUCUCAGACGCACCAGGACAGAGCACACAUCUACUGGUGACAGACUCCAGUGGCCAUGUCCUGUACUCCAAGGAAGAUGCCACCAAGGGGAAGUUUGCCUUCACAACUGAUGACUAUGACAUGUUUGAAAUUUGCUUCGAAACAAAGAUGACAGGAGGAGCCAGAGGUCCGGAUAGGGAGGUCAGCCUCACCGUCAAACAUGGAGUUGAAGCUAAGAACUAUCAAGAUAUUGCGAAAGCAGAGAAACUGAAGCCUAUGGAAGUCGAGCUACGCAGACUCGAGGACCUGUCUGAGUCUAUUGUCAAUGACUUUGCUUACAUGAGGGCAAGGGAAGAAGAAAUGAGGGACACAAAUGAGUCCACCAACUCCCGAGUGCUAUACUUCAGUAUUUUCUCCAUGUGCUGUCUGAUUGGCCUUGCUACGUGGCAAGUCCUGUACCUGCGUCGCUUCUUCAAGGCCAAGAAGCUCAUCGAGUAGAGCAGUGCAGCUGAUAGUGUGUUUAUAAAUACAUGUUCUGUUUGCUUAGCGCACAGCAAUCAACCUAGAUUUGAAUGAAGUUUCACUUUCUUUGACAAGAUGCUAGGAUGAAAUAUUUUUCUGUGGUCAUGCAAUAUAUGCAAAGUUUAUGGUAGAGUAUAUUGCAGUAUGAAUACAUUUUUUUGCAUGCAAGAUCAGUUUCCGAAAGUUCACACUCCUACACAUCAUCAGGCUUGUAUGUCUAUUAGAUGUAAAUGUACAUACAUGUACAAUGGUGGUAACAUGUAUGGACAUAUUUAUGGAUUUGCUUUAGAUAUCAUGUUGUCUAUGAUUUUGACUUAUUCUUGCCUAUAUUGUUGUCCUACUCAGACAAAAAUGUUUUAUCUGAGGAUUUAAAUAGUGAUUUUCUCAAAGAAACGAGUAUGUUAAGUAUGCACUUUAAAGAACAGCCUGCAGUACCAUGUGUUAUUGACAGAAUUGUCAAUCAGAAACUUCAACAGUAAAAUUGGUGUUAAGAGUUCUUGAUGAAGAAUGUGUUUUGUGUUGAAACUGCAAUAAGAUUCACAAUACAAUCUGGAUUUCCUAGCCAUGUACCUAAUGGUGUCUUUACUUGGUGCAAGGAGCUUUUAUCGUGAAAAAGCUCAUUGCUUGGUGUCUUCCCAGGUCCCAAAGCUCAAUUGGCACUUCUGUACAAUUACAAUUGCCUGUACUGAUGUUGCUAUCCUUGCCAACAGCAUGACUUUCAUCUGGUCUAAUGUCUAGUGAAGGUCUGCUGAUCUCACAAAGUUGUGAACAAUGAAUUCUCUCCACUGGAUAACAAUGUGGUUAUUGGUAGUUGUAACAGCUGUGCCAUCCAUUAUCUUUCUGUAACACUCAACAAUUUGCACUCUUUUACUUUGUUCAUCUUCUGAAUAUUGUAUUUACCUUAGUUUCUAUUAUCAGACCUCUCAUGCAUAUUCUUUGAAUAAACUGUCCCAUCUCAGUGUGAACAGAAAUGGUAGCAUAUACAUGUAUAUAAUACAUAUUGAAUAUCUGAGUAUACCAAUGACCCUGUUUUGAAGAUAUGGCAGAGUAGCUCUGACACUUUUGCAAGCUUCUUGAUGUCCCAUUAUCAGUGUGGUAAUCAUGGGUACAUUAACUUGUAGUCUGAAAAAUGUUUUAAAAAGAGGGUAGAACUGCAGCUUUGCCUUUGAAGAAAAGGGUAAGUCCAUAAGUUAUCAGUGAAUUGUUUCAUGUGCUGGUUUUGGAUGGAUUCAACUUAUACAAGGUAUGGUUAUGUUUUACUCUAAGAUGGGAAAUGUGAUUUGUUUCAAGGGCAAUUACAUGAAGAAUUUAGACUUGCUUUAUUGUACAAACAGAAUAGCAGUAUGUGUCAAGAAUUGCACGAGAUACAUUUAUACAUCAUUUUUAUGAAAUUGAAGAAAGGAAGAUCUUGUAAUAUCCUUAUUCAAUGUCUACAGUGUGAUGAAGUGGUGGGGUACAGUUUAUUACAACAUCCAUGUGCCCCCUUGUAGAGGUAGAAAUUGAUUACCUUAAUAUUUUGGGUUGUUCCUGGUCACAGGAAAGGCAGAUUUCUAUGAACAUCUCCACCCUCAGCUUGAAGACUUUGUUGAAUAAGGUAGAGUAUAAGCCAAUUAAUUGCACAGCGGAUUACCACACACUUCUGUUUAUUGCACGAAAUCCCAAACCAGUGCUGUCCAAGCUGGAUAACUUUGCAUUGUUGCUCCACCCAGAUAAUUGGAUGAAAUGCACUGGCAAAUGGUGUGUGCAAUUAAAUGGCUUUAACUGUAUAAAUCACUUGUAACACUGACAAAUCUGAGUUGCAGUGACCUUGAACAAUUUUGACAUGUUUUUUAUGUAUAUAGUUCUAUAACUUCUCUCGGAAAGAAUUAGAAAGGUGAUCUUGAGUAUGUGUCUGUAUUUACUUACAAUGGUGUGGCACUGUGUAGUUGGUGUGAACUGUGUGAAUUGAAUAUACAUUGGCAGGACUCCCACAAUAAAAGUAUCUUUUUC